UGUCAAAUUUUGCACUCUGGUCAACCCCAUGUCAAGCAACCAACCAUCUGCACCGCCGCCGUCGUCGUCUCAGCCGCCGCGCCACGUACCAAUGUACAACUACCCGACGGAGAAGACGCCAGUAGCUGUGCAAGUUGUGCCUCCCAGUUAUGCGCAGCAGCAACAACAGCAACAGCCCCAACCACAGCCGUAUUACAGCUACCAACACCCGAGGAGUGACGGGGCCCCUUCGACUUGUACCAUCACGCACCAUCACGCCCCAAAGACCAACGGGUUCUGGUAUGCCCUCACGAGUCCGCUGCGUCCAUUGACGUAUCAGCUGAUUCUGUUUCACUUGGUGAACUUUGUGUUUGCCGAGAUCGCAUUCGUGGUGGUCGUGGUGGUGGGCAGCAUUGGCAUCGCGACGAUUCCUCUAUUUUGCCUUGGACUGGUCGUGCUCCAAGUGCUGCUGUACGCCGUGCAUUUCUUUGCCAACGUCGACGCCCACCUAUACAACUGUAUCGCCCCCAUCCAUGAGCAACUCGUCGUUCAAUUCCAAGUCCCCCGUCGAGGGCUGUACCAGGUCAGCGGUUACCGCAUCUCCCCCGACCUUUCUCGCUUCUCCAAGGAAGCGUUCGCCGCGAUCUUUUACUUUGUCUUUGUCAAGUUUCCACUGGCCGUGGUCUUUAGCUCGUCCGUGCUGGCUCUCUUGGCGUGUUCGGUGGCUCUAACGUUGUACCCGUCCGUAUUGGAACCUAUCAUUCGCCGUCACAAUAACCACGACGAGAACCGUUCGAUUCGCAUUUUUCGACUACAUGUCAACAUGGAAGACUUCGAGCCGACUCAAAUCGUGCUGGUGGGAGUGGCGCUGCUGUACGUUACUAUCGGCUUGUUGCACUUGUUUGGCAGAGUGCACCGCGCCACGACCAAGUUCUUUACGUGCGAGUUCUUUGCUACAUCGGGCUUUGUCAUCCAGGGAUCGCAUACGCAGCAGUCCCAGUUCCCUGCUUCGGCGCCGCAGUACUCCGCAGUUCCACUUGGCCCCCAACCGACCACCAUGUACGCCCCCCAAGUGUAUGGCGACUACUACGCCCCCCAAGCCCCCCCUCUAUACGACCAACGCCGCCGCAAUGCCUUUGAACGCUUUGCCUCUAAAUUUGGCUCGGCCAUCGUGCUGGUACUCUUGUCAGUACUGAGCUUGGUGUUUUCCGUGGGAAUGUUUGUGGUCGUGGUGGUGGGACUGGCCUUGACGGUGGGCUUGCUGCCGGCGGCGUGUAUCGGCUUGUUCGUGCUGCAGGUGCUCAUCUGGGUCGUUAAGCCCUUGGCCAACGCGGAUAAGUGGUUGCAUGACCAGCGUCAACGAGUGUACAUCGACCUCCUUCGCGAUGAUUAAGCCCUUAAGAUUAAGCCCUUAACAACAUGAAAACCUUAACGUUAUCGUUCCGACAGCAGUGAAUACGUAUAGCUUUCGUUAGCUAAUCGGUGGUGCUAGUUGUCAGAGCAUUCUAAGAGGUCAUAUCAAUGGGAACAUGAUGACGUGAUAUACG